CCAUUUUAAAAUUCGAUUUGAAUAUUCUAGGAAGUUCUCUUUAAUCCCUAUGUAUUUUAUUUUUAUUCAUCUGCUGUUAGUUUUUCUUUACUUUUUGGUGGAUUCAACUGUAGUUCAACUACGGCGUUUGGUCGUGACGGCGGAUGGCGAAGUGCGCAUGCUCCGCACAGCACAGUUAUAACGCGUCUGAGUGGCCGGAGCUGGAGCAUCCCGGGGGUGAAAAGCCUGGUGCGAGAGUGGUCUUCGCCGAAUAAGCUGCUACAUCGCGAUGUCCAAACCGAAGUUUCAGACGGAGUGGGAGGAAAUCGACGAGGAAUAUCAACAGUUACAGGAAACUCACAAAAUAUACCGACAGAAACUAGAGGAGCUCACAAGUCUUCAAGCAACAUGCAGCAGCGCCAUCAGUAAACAGAGAAAAUCCCUAAAAGACUUAAGGCGCAGUUUAACCAGGUGUGCACAGACAUGUGACGAGAAUGAGUUGAAACUAAUAGCUGACAUCAAAACCCAAAUAAAAGACAAAGAAAAUAUUUUCUUUGACAUGGAAGCAUAUUUGCCAAAGAAGAAUGGACUGUACUUGAGUUUGGUCCUGGGCAACGUGAAUGUAACGCUUCUCAGCAACCAGGCAAAAUUUGCCUACAAAGACGAGUAUGAGAAGUUCAAGCUUUACAUGACAAUAAUCCUGAUGUUUGGAGCAAUAACCUGCCUCUUCUUUCUAAAGUGUCGAGUCACCGAUGAGAUUUUCAACUUUCUGUUGGUGUGGUACUUCUGCACAUUGACCAUAAGGGAAAGCAUCCUCAUAAGCAAUGGCUCCAGGAUCAAAGGGUGGUGGGUGUCUCACCAUUAUGUCUCCACCUUCUUGUCAGGUGUUAUGUUGACCUGGCCAGAAGGACCUAUGUAUCAGAUGUUCAGGAGCCAGUUUCUUGCCUUCUCCAUCUAUCAAAGCUUUGUUCAGUUCCUCCAGUACUACUACCAGAGCGGCUGCUUGUACAGGCUGCGAGCUUUGGGAGAGAGAAAUCAGCUGGACCUCACAGUGGAGGGAUUUCAGUCCUGGAUGUGGAGGGGACUCACAUUUCUUUUGCCUUUUCUAUUUUUCGGCCAUUUUUGGCAGCUGUACAACUCGGUGACCCUGUUCCGCUUGGCAGGCCAUGAGGAUUGUAAGGAGUGGCAGGUAUUUAUGUUGGCACUAACAUUUCUUGUCCUUUUCCUGGGAAAUUUUCUCACCACAUUAAAAGUCGUCCACCAAAAAAUUCAGAAAAACCAGGAGAAGGUCAAAAAAACUGACUGAGAACAACCUCAACAAGGCACCACAAACGGCCAGUAUUUUUGAAGCAACACGCACAAUCGCUUGACGGACUGAGCAGAGUGUGAUCAGGCCGAGAGGCGACGAAGCUGAAGCCACUGUUCUCUCUGACUUUGCUGCAGCAGUGUCCGGCCAAAGUUUCCCACAAACACGUUUUACAUAUGUAUGACUGUGAGUUGACCAUUUUGGCACAGAACAAGUGAUGUUCACUGUGUGUGUGUGUGUGUGUGUGUGUGUGUGUGGAUGUGAUCUGUUUUUUGUUUUUGUUUUUUGGGGGGUGUUCGUGCGUGAACCUUAUCAGAGAACCUCUGUUCAGAUCAUAUGCAAAUAAACGAGGGAAGGUAGCAUCAUUUCAUAGAACAGAAAAUGGUUUGCCUUUGAAGACCUAAUGUCUGUCGUGUACAUACUGUCGAGUAAUAAUGAACAAACUGUCUCCAGCUUCAACAAAAUUGUUCGAAGCUGAACUUUUUAUACGUCUCAUCUCCCUGUUGUGUGAUUUCACUGCUAGUAUUUUUACUAGAUUUUAGGUCAUGAAAAAGUCAAGCAUAGGUCCACAACUUUAAAAACAAACAUACAGCUGAUACUUGAUGUUUAACAUUACCUUCAGUCUCAUAACAAACAC